AAACUAUUCAACCUGCAGCUUUGGAAGGCACAGUACAUCACACGCCGUGGAAAGAGUGCAUGAUUACGAUUUUCAUCAUGUUGUCUGCGUACUCUCUGGCAUUAUGAAAACAGACACAUGUAAAGAAGAAACCCGCUGAGAACAAAUUUAUUUGGAAACAAACUUUUGGAAUUUUCUGCAACUUUGGGACCACUGCCAAUUCUUAAGUCUGUCUUGUCCGUAGUCUGUCAGUUGUCUUUGUACUUCAACGUCAAACAGAAUGUACAGCCACAAUCUGGUCAUUUUUGUAUUUUGGUAUUCCCACGCGCUACUGAUGAUGUGCCUGCCAGCAGCCUCAGCGCAGAAGUCGAAUGGUCCUCGGUGGCUAAUAGGGGACAGAGAGAGCCCAUGUUCCCCUGUGUGCUCCAGGAGUAACAGCAAGCCUGUGUGUGGGUCAGAUGGACACAGUUAUGAUACCAGCUGUGACCUGGAGAGGGCGAAAUGCAAGGACCGCACGCUCACCCUCGCCCACAGAGGCCGAUGCAAAGGUAAAAACUCGGUGAGGAUAGAUCAGCCUCUUCCUGCACCCACACUUGUUUCAGAGGUCAAAGAGUUGACAGGUAUGAAAGAAGCGGGCCAGACAAAAUGUCGGACUGAGAGGAUUCAGGCUCUGGAACAGGCCAAAAGGCCACAGGAAUCCAUUUUUAUCCCAGAAUGCAAUGACGAUGGAACAUUUGCCCAGGUCCAAUGUCACACCCUCACAGGAUACUGCUGGUGCGUGACGACAGAUGGCAAGCCAGUGAGCGGCUCUUCUGUCCAGAACAAAACACCAGUGUGUUCAGGAAACUUCCGUGAAUUUAUGGGAACUCAUGCUGGGACAAGUGGAUUGUCAGGGUCAGUAACCGAUAAGCCGGGACCUCCUAGUUCUGGCAGAAAAGUCUCUUUCCGUUUCUUUCUCACCCUCAAUCCAGAUGAUGGUUCCAAGCCAACACCAACCAUGGAGACGCAUGUUGUCCCAGAAGGUGAGGAAAUUACAGCUCCAACGUUGUGGAUUAAGCAGCUGGUGUACAAACAGAACAGUUCAAUCCCUAGGAAGCCAGAGAAAGUUCCCUCUUGUGACCAGGAGAGGCAGGCCGCUCAAGAUGAGGCUCAGCAGAACCCACGGGAGGCUGUCUUUAUCCCUGACUGCGGCCUGCAGGGCCUCUACAAGCCGGUCCAGUGCCACCAGUCCACUGGGUACUGCUGGUGUGUGCUGGUGGACACUGGGAGACCCAUACCUGGAACCUCUGCGAGGUAUAAGAAACCAGAAUGUGAUGGUGCGGCUCGUUCUCGAGACUCAGACAUGGAAGAUCCUUUUAGAGACAGAGAUCUGACAGGGUGUCCAGAGGGAAAGAAAGUGGAAUUCAUAACCAGCCUGUUGGAUGCCCUUACUACUGACAUGGUGAUGGCUAUCAACUCACCAACCCCCUCUGGUGGUGGGAGGUUUGUUGAGCCUGACCCAAGCCACACACUGGAGGAACGGGUGGUUCAUUGGUACUUUGCCCAGCUGGAUAAUAAUGGCAGUCACGAUAUCAACAAGAAGGAGAUGAAGCCCUUCAAGCGCUAUGUAAAGAAGAAAGCUAAACCCAAACGAUGUGCCCGCAAGUUCACCGAAUACUGUGACCUUAACAAGGACAAGACUAUCUCCCUUCAAGAACUCAAAGGAUGCCUAGGUGCCAAUAAAGAAGGUAGCACUACAAGCAGCAUCAGCAGUCAGGGGACAAGGCAAGGGACAAAUUUGUUCAUAGGUCGUCUGGUCUGAAGACAGAAAGUUCCAGAAGAUGAGGCACUAGCACAAAGCACAGUGGGAAGGCAUCUCUUCACUGCUAGAAGAGUACAACGAAGGAUUCUGAGAAAUUAUUUAGAGGUUCCUUAAGAACAAAAAAAAAAAAAAAGAUGAAAAUGAUAUCAUGGAGCCAAAAUAUUUGCACUUUCUCCUCCCAUUGUUAGACAUUUUUAUUAUUUCCUUUGUUUGUGUUGUAAACGUCUAUUAAUAUGACAAAAAUGUAUGUCAGAGAACACAGACUGUAAGUUGAUUGUAAAUGAUUACCUGCUUGCGUCCACAUUUUCAGAACAUCCAUGCUAACCGCUAAUCCAGACAGUAUUAUUUAGUUGUGUUUGAAUGCAACAAUUUUGGAUGUCAAUUCAAAAACUGAAAAAAAAAAAAAACAAGCAUUCUAUUUUGAAAUUAGCUUGUCUUUAAAUGCUUCUUCUUCAGUUUGCUGUUGUUUCUGAUAAUGUCCACUCAACCAGUAUGUUUGCUCUGUUGUUCACCUUGGCAACGGAACUAAUGGAGCAUUGAUAGUGAACGAGAAAUGGAGUGAAAUCGUUUCUGUCAACAAACAUUAGCUACGUUCUCUCAGACCUGCACCCCAGGACUCUAGUAAUGUAGACAUAACCAUCACCUGAGAAUUAACAGUAAGUUCCAGGCGGUUCGUUCAGAAGUCAGAGGUCAAAAACACUAUCAUGGAAAAUUAGUUUUGUAAAUGUCACGGAACACUUCACUUAGCUUUAGUAUCUUCAAAUAGAUUAUUCAUUAAGUGUAUGGUGCGUCUCACAUAAUGAACAACUGGUGUUCUGUUGUUGAUUUUUUCACAAUGCCUUUAUCAAAUCCUGAAAUGAGAAAUAGUACAGUAUUGCUGUAGACUGAUGAGUGCAUAGAACUAGCCUAGCAGUAAUCUUCAUGAGAAAUACUUCUGUUUAACUUCUUUCCAUACAUCAAUUCUACCCAAGCUGGUUUUUUGCAUACACUUUUUACUAUGGUAUUUUCUGAGGUACCUGGGAGUGACAUGUAAAUACCAUGGUAAUCUUUAAGUACCACUGUAUUUUACCAUGGCAUUACCAUAUUACAUUUUUUAUUUUUUAUUUUUUUGGUAGGAUUCCAUUUUCUUCUCUGGCUAGAAGAGUCUUGUAUAAAUCACAAGCUCUGUGUAGGUCUUAAAAUAAUUCAGCGUCCUUUUUCUUUUUCUUUUUUUUUUUUUUUUUUUUUGCAAAGUCUCUGAGCUUAUGUCCUGUCUGGUGUGAUUUAUUGUUAAGCAUCUGUGUUAGCUGGAGUGUGUUCAGUAGCAAUGAUUUGUUUCUCAUCCAAGGUAAUCGCUUGUAGUUAUUUUGCAGGAAUGCAUAUGAGAAAAGGGUCAUUGAUUUAAAUUGAUUAAUUGUUUUGAUGUAUUUACACUGACUCAAAGUUACCUUCUGUGUCAUCAUUGACUGGGCUUUGGAAAUAGUAUUUGUCUAUUCCAAAAGCGAAACAUCCAAGUUCUUGCUAGACAACAAUAAAAUUAAAGAUAUAAAUAUAUUUA